UCUUGAAACACAAGUCAACUACAAUCCGCAAAUCUCUCUUCCUUAUUUGACACGGUCAUGGCUUUAACGUUGGCUUUCCUCACACCUGCGACAUUUUCUACCUCCAUUUCAACCUUUGCAACUCAACAAAUCAAACCCAAUUUUUCGUUCUUUUCAACAAUUAAUCUAAAUCCCACCAAAAACUACAACAAAAGCAAGCAAAUGUACCCUAAUUUAUCUUACAAACCCACCAAAAUGUCUGAAUUUCUCACAGCAAAAGCAUCUCCAAAUGACCUAAUUGGAUCUAUUUCAAAUGCAAUUAACCUCGUACAAUCCAAUCCUACCACGUGGCAAUCAGCCAUCUUGUCUAAUAUAGUGAUUUUUGUUCUGGGUACUCCAAUUUUGAUCUCAGGACUUUCGAUAUCCGGCAUUGUUGCUGCCUUCUUGUUGGCUACUCUUACAUGGCGCUCUUUUGGCCCUCCUGGGUUUCUUCUUGUUGCCAUUUAUUUUGUUCUUGGAACUGCUGCUACAAAGGUCAAGAUGGCACAAAAGGAGGCUCAAGGGAUUGCAGAGAAGAAGAAAGGAAGAAGAGGACCAGGUAGUGUUAUUGGUUCUAGUGCAGCAGGUUGUGUAUGCGCACUACUUUCAAUAUAUGGAAUAGGGGGAAAGACACUUUCUCAGCUAUGGCAACUCGGUUUUGUUGCUAGCUUCUGCACGAAAUUGAGUGAUACUGUUUCAAGUGAGAUAGGGAAGGCAUAUGGAAAAACUACGUACCUAGUCACAACAUUCAAAAUUGUUCCAAGAGGGACUGAGGGUGCUGUAAGUGUUGAGGGAACCAUUGCUGGGCUUCUGGCUGCCGUUCUCCUUGCCUUUGUUGGUUGUCUUACUGACCAGAUAAAGGCAACUGAAGCCGUUAUCUGUGUAUUAGCAUCUCAAAUUGCUAAUUUUGGUGAAAGUAUAAUCGGUGCUUCAUUGCAAGAUAAGGAAGGAUUUCAAUGGCUUAAUAAUGAUGCCGUCAACGUCAUUAAUAUAUCCAUGGGUAGCACUUUGGCUAUCCUGUUGCAGCAAGUUCUGGCUCGUAACUGGCUAUGAUGAAUAUAAAAAAGAGGAAGAAACGAAACAUCAACAGCUGCAGUUGUCAAAGAAUCAUUAUUAAGAGAUCGAAGACAUCCAAGGAUAGCUUGCAUAUAGAAUAACCGUGCAAGAAAAACUUAAAAAACCAAACCGAAAACUACUAAAGAUGGACUUUCCGGAUGAUGGAUUGAGCUUGUGAAGGCCUAAUGGUUAGUUUGAGCAUGGAGUUGGCAGAGGUAUGUGCACUAGAAGGCAAACUGAGUAUAUAUGACUUGGAAUUAAUACAAUGAGAUAGAAGUAUAUGUAUAUAUUAUAUGUUACAAUUUUUAAUAUUGCAUUCUAGAAAUGAAUCGGGAAAACAUGCAUAUUCGUUUUCUCCAUCUUAGCGGACUAUUUUUACUCGAA